AUGCAACCAGUCUUAACUGAAAAUUGGCUUGCAUCCGAUGAGGAGGAAGCGCUCUUUAUGCACACUGGGCGUCUUGCGCGCUACCAUAUUGCACUUGGACUGGACACCAUCACAGCCAUUGGCCAAGUGGCUGUCGUUUGUAAGCGACUGCUGACGCACGCAGUGCUCGUUGACAGAGUCGCUUGCAUGCUCAACUUUUUCCUGGCCAGGCUGGUAAGUAUGCAGAGACAAUUAAUAGUUGAAUGGUUUUAUGGCUGA